AUGUUCGGGUAAGUAAAAAAUUUUCAAAAAAAAAAAACUCAAUUUUUUGGGCAAAAAAAUUAACAAAAAUUAGUGGCAUCUGUUGGUGUUUGAAUGGUUUAAUAAAAGCCUUUGUUGGCCAAUAAUUAGCAUUUUUCGGCCAAAAAAUUUUUUUGUAAAAUCAAAAAAAAACAUAAGGGGGGACCAAGGGAAAAUUUUUAAAAUUUUUUGAAACUCGUAAGCUUUAAUUUUGACAAAACCUGGAGAGAAUGUCAGGAUUGAUCUGUGGCCCAUUAAGAUCAUUUUUUGUCAAAUUUUAGAAAAAUUGCCUCCGGCUAUUUAGUCUAAAACUGAUUUUAGAAACAAAAUCCAAAAUUUUUUCUAAAAUAUUUUUUUGGUUGUGUCAAAAAAACCAACACAAAAAAAUCAUAAUAACCUGUAAACUUUCCAGACUGAACAGAUUUUUCAUUUCCUUCGCCUUUAUCCUCCUCUUCUCCCUCAACAUUUCCGCCCAACCCACCGUUGUUGAAGGAUAUCGGCGUUUCAAGGAGUCGAUUGCCAGCUCCUCGCCCUCCUAUCGCCCGGUUUAUGUUGGUGGUGGUUUACUGGACGUGUAUGAGAAGCCGGUCUCAUCGUUUGAUGAGUUAACGACCAUUGAAGUAGCGCUGGAUUAG